AAUAGAGAUCAGCCAAUUGGUAUAUAGGAGGAACCAAAUUUUCAUGCUGCUGAGUAGAAAAAAAUACUCAUAGGUGUACAGUUACAUAUUAUAGUUGGAUUGAUUUAUCAAAGUUGGAAACAUGCUUUUUCAUACUAGUUACUUUAUAUUUCUGUCUUGUAUCAGUUUGUCUACGUCUUAUACCGAAAUGGAUGUGGAACACUAUGAACAACUCAUCAAUGAUGGUUUAUCAGCAUCUUUGAAUUACGUUUUGCCAACAGACUCCAGAUCGUAUAAGCCAACAAUGCCUAAUAUUACAUUUGACUAUGAAACUUACGAUUUCAUUGUUGUUGGAUCUGGUUCUACGGGUUCAACUGUGGCAAGUCGCUUAUCAGAAGUAGAGCAAUGGAAAGUUCUCGUUCUGGAAGCCGGAGAAUUCAACAGCGAAUUCAACACGAUCACCAAAAUGGCAUACGAGGCUACCGUGAUGAGCGACUACAACUGGGGUUACUACAGUGUUCCUCAGAAUAACUCUUGCUUAGGGUUUGAAGAAAACCGUUGCGCUCACCCUAGAGGCAAAGGAGUCGGAGGAACUGCUCUAAUAAACGCCCUCAUAUACCUCCGAGGCAACAAGAUCGACUUCGAUCAGUGGUGCCAGUUGGGCAAUCCCGGAUGGUGUUACGAAGACGUCCUGCCACUGUUCAAGAGAUCCGAAGACAUUCACGCGACGGACCCUGAAGCGCCUAUCGACUACGACUACCAUUCUUGCGGUGGGCCAUUGAAGGUGCAACAACCUGUGCCAAAGAGUAAACUCACUGCAGUCUUCAUCGAUGCUAACAUGGAACUCGGAAGCAAUCUCACAGACAUGAAUGGUUACAACCAAACUGGAGUGAUGCCUUUUCAAGUCAAUACCAAGUUCGGGAGGAGGCAAGACAGUGGUACGGCCUUUUUGCUCCCAGCAUUAAAGAGAAAGAAUUUGAAGGUACUAACGAAGAGCUUGGUUACCAAAAUAAUCAUGAAUGGAACUAAGGCAGAGGGUGUCAUUUUUGUUAGAAAUGGCAUUCAGUAUAGAGUUAAAGCGAAUAAGGAGGUCAUAGUUUGUGCUGGGACUAUCAAUUCUCCUCAGCUCUUGAUGCUAUCAGGAAUUGGUCCUGCUGAGCAUCUCAAGUCGAUAGGAAUUCCCGUGGUUCAAGAUCUAGAAGUAGGCUCCCACUUCUCGGACCAUAUUCAAGUUUACGGCUUAGUUUUCUCGAGUAACGUGACAGCUCCAGUGCAAUCACUGAGGGAACACAUCGAAGAGUAUUUAGGAGAAGGCACAGGCCUACUGAGUGAAUUUGGACCAUCCCAGGCAGUAGUGUAUUACAAAACACCCAUUGAACCAAUCCCAGGUUAUCCCAACAUAGAGCUUAGUUUCCAAGACACCAACGCCACCGCCACAGCCUUGACAGCAUCUCAGAGGUGGAGACCAGAAGUGGCGGACGCUAUUGCUGGCGUGAACGCUACCAGUUCCUUUCAAAUUUUCCUGACUCCUCUGCGCACCAAGUCCUUAGGAACAGUCAGACUAAAGAGCAACGAUCCCUACGAAUACCCCAUCAUAGACCCCAACGUUCUUUCAGAUCCAGAAGAUCACGAUUUACGCAGCGUCAUGGAAGGCCUGAAGUUGGUCAUGGAUAUCGUGAAUACAAAAGCUUUCAGAAGAGUUGAUGCGAAAUUCGAGAUGAAAUCGCCACCAGCUUGUACUCAACACGAAUUCCUCUCUGACGAGUUUUGGCAUUGCGCUAUCAAAUACAUUUCGGCACACAACAAUCACCCUGUGUCUACAUGCAAGAUGGGACCGAAUCCCAAGAACGGUGAUGUUGUAGACGCGGAGUUGAGAGUGCAUGGAGUUCAACAGCUGAGGGUUGCUGAUGCUAGUGUUAUCCCUCUUUCUACUUCUAGUCAUAUCAAUUCCAUUUGCUACAUGAUUGGAGACAAACUAGCUGAUAUUCUCAAAGAGACAUAUAUGAAAAAUGGGAGUGACGCUGAAAAUUUCUCUUCUUAAAUAGUUUCUAACGUUAUCGAAGUAAAAACUUUGGGACGCCUGCAAAACCCAGUUUUCAGUCAUAACAUAUCAUAAAAUGAUUCAAUAUAUUACAGUAGAAAUAUAUUUUCCGAAGUAUACUU